CUUUGAGCCACCGUAGUUUCAGCACAGGAGUCACCUGUCAUGGCCGUCAUAAGAAAAGAGUUAACCAGAUGAUUUUUUAAUAAACUAGCUUACUCUCGGACACAAAUAAUGUGAAAUGGCAGCUGUUUUCCUGGUGACCCUUUAUGAGUAUUCCCCACUGUUUUACAUUAGUGUGGUUUCGUUAUGUUUUGUUGUUACCGCUGCCAUGGUGCUCGGCUGGUUUGGCUUUGACGUCCCAGUGAUUCUCCGCAGCUCUGAUGAGACAGAGUCCAUCCUACCAACCCCUGAGAAGCAAAUGGUUCAGGUGACCAAUCCCUUUGCCCUGGAGAUGGGCUCUGGGGCGGCAUCUGUCACUGAUGGUGUGUCAGUGAGGGCUUGCUGUCUGGAGCCCUGUGUCCUGAGCUGUUUCUGGGGGUGUGAGGUCAGUGCCCUGCAGGGAGCGCUGCAGGUUCACCAGCACGGCCCGAGGCUCAGCACCCCCCAACAUUUCCAGGAGGCACUACACCUCCACUACCACCACUGCCAGAGCUUCCAUAUCGGCAGUGACGACAGGGAGGAACGCCACACACAGAUUCCUGCUGACCGGGGCAUCACAGACUUUGGACCAUUGCCUAGAGAGCGCUACCCUCUUGUAGCUGUUCUGACGCUGGCAGAGCCAGAAGCCAGAGACACAUACAACAUUGUGGCCAGUGUGACAGUUAUCCAUGUUCCUGAUGACAAAUACGGCCUCUCUGCACGGCUUGUCUUUCAGUACCUUCUCACCUCACAGGGGAAUAUGUACGAGCUAAAGCCUCUCUUCAUGUCAGCCGACAGUGGGGGGGUGUCUGGGCCUCCUGACUCAGAGCACCACAGUACCACUCCCAGUGAAGCCACAGAGGAGGCCCACAGCAUGGAGCAGAGGCCAGUGCUGGAGGAAGAGGUGGAGGAGGAGGAGGAGGAGGAGGAGGAGGAGGACAAGCGGUGGUCAGAAGGGACGGACAGAGAUUGUGUGGUCUGUCAGAAUGCAGCAGUGAACAGGGUGCUGCUGCCCUGCAGACACGCCUGUGUGUGUGACAGCUGUGCAUCACACUUCCAGCACUGCCCCAUCUGCAGGGCCUUCAUCCUAGAGUCCUUCGCCCUGACCCAAGGACCAGCUGCGGAACAGUGACUCCACACUGAGCCAGUGCUUUUCAUUUAAUAGAUAAUGUGCAGCAAAGCAGUCAUCACUGCUAAAUAAGCCCUGCAACUCCCUGACUCCAAGUCUUGAGUCUGUAAUGCUUUUCAUGGAUAGAAACAUUCACUUGGACUAUAGAGAUGUCGUAUCUGCCUGCUUCAUUUAGACUUUAUCUCAGAAAUCUGACAAUUUUAUUUCAACAUUAGCUCUCAACAUACCCCCCAGCUGUAACAUAUUGGUUUCUGUGGUUACAGCUCUGCUACAGGGCAGCCAUAAACACAGUUACAUUCAUAGAAACACAUGCACUAUUUCAUAAACUGUUCUAUCUGUGCUUACAGUCCUGUUUAACUAUCCAGGUGGAAGCUUGAAAUAUAUGCAUUACAUAAAAUAUAAGUGAUAUUACUGAUGGUUUUAGUAGACUGGUAUAUGAACUAGACCAUCAAAUCCACACACACACACACAAACAAAGCUGCAUGAUUUUCACUCUUUAGUCCCAUGAUAAAACACAGCUGAUAAGUUUCAAAUUAUGGUUGUUUUUGUUUGUAAAGCAUGUAGGUAACAGAGAUUUAGUGAUAUUUCCAUGUAUAUUAUUAUUUAUGUAUACUCCACUCUGUAAAUGUAUUUUUUUGCUUUUUAGAAUGAUGCUCAGACCUCUUUUACAGAACCAGUGAAGUAUUUAUUAACUACAACCCACUACUAAUCUUUAAUUUGACUCGGUGUAAAUGAAGAUGACUGUAAACUCUGAGCUGUGAGGCAACAAUUAAAAGGACUGAAGAUCCAUGUGUCA